AACGAAAUUCACGCGGACUGGACGCUAACAGUCGACGAAGCUUCGAUGCGUCAACUAACUAGCACAAACUUCAACAUAAACUUCCGAUUUGGCGAAACUAAGCUGAGGAAAACAAAUCCAAAGCAGCGCCAAGUCAUAAUCCAUAAAAGCUCCGGUGUAUUCAAAGGAGAUCUGGGGCCAAAAAACGAGGAACCUAAAAAUUCCAAAAACCCAGGAAACCUGAAGUCUUCAGAGACUAGUGACUCCAAAAUAGUGGAACCACAAAAAACUCAAGAAGUCGGCAGAAGGGUUUCUGGAAAACCAAAGCGCCCUCGUGAAGAUUCUCCGAAAAACAAGAAGCUUGGCAUCCUGAGUAUUCCCGGCCCAAGCGGUACGAACUCAAUGGUUAUCGCAAACAGGUUAGGAACCUCGAUUGUGCCAAGUAAAAAAGAUGGGACUCCGAUCCUCCCAAAUGAACCACCAGAUCGGAUAACCCAACCUAAUGCAGAACACUAAAGUUCUGCAAAUAAACCUCCACCACGCCAAAGCAGCGUCGAGCGUGCUAUCCAGGAGGUUUACAAAAGACGCUGUGGAUCUAGCUCUUAUACAAGAGCCUUGGGUUCACAAAGGAAGAAUACUAGGUAUUCAAACAGGUUCAUGUAAGUUGUUCUAUGAUGACAAGCAUGACUCCCCAAGAGCUGCUGUCUUAGUAAAUGCAAACAUUAAAUGCUUUCCUAUUACAGAGUUCAUUCAAAGGGACAUCGUCGCGAUCAGAGUGGAAGUUCCUACCGCCAAAGGAAGGGCCGACAUCGUAAUUGCGUCGGCUUACUUUCCAGGCGACGUUCCUGAGGUUCCUCCACGAGAGGUAGCGGCGUUUGUAAACUACUGCAGGGAAAUUAAC